CCUGGAUCCCCUGCCGGGCGCCCUUCCGAGCUCCAGGCCAGGCUUUGGGCACUCAGUGUGUGUGCCACUGUGCCACAUGUGCCCUGCCUCGGGAAGCAACGGCAUAUUCCCACCUGGAAAGUGUCUGUCGUCCCCGUGAAUCUCUUGUUUUUGCUGGCUUUCUUCACGUGCUUCUGUUGUUGCUGUUGACAAGUGACGGUGGAUGAAGUCAUAUCAAAGCUGAUCCACCUCUCUUGAACAUCUUAAUUUUUUGCGCCGUCUCUUCUCUCAGUCCGAAUCGAAACCCAAUUCCUCUGUUUUGACAACAAGGAAAAGCGUUUCCGUGUGAAAGAUAGCUCUAGAGACAUAGUCUUGUGUCCCGCUGUCCCGCGAUUCGAACAUCCCUCCUUCAAGAACGCCACUUACACCUCCCAUACACCAACCACAAGCGCGCGAAAGACGACUUUCUCCCUAGAACACCGAUCCUCUCACCGAAAAUGGCCCCCGACGACCGCGACCGCCACGACUCGGCCCCAGACCUGCGCAUCCUCGGCGACAGAAUUACACUUCAACCAAGUGGAUUCGUCGAGCCCCCCAAAGACAAAGAUGAAAAAGACGAGGCGUUGAUGAAGAACGUAGCCCGCUUCCGCUCCGAGCCGUUACGCUUCCUCCGCGAUGUCUCCCUCUACGUGUCCGGAACAGGCUGGCGCGCCUACGACGAAGUGAUCGGCCAGCCAAUCUUCUACAACGGCUUCUCCGAGCACAUCAAAACCCAAGUCAUGUCCGCCACCGUCCUCCAAACCAAAAUCGCCCAGCUCGCCGACCUGCGCAUUUCGGUAGAGGAAAAACAAGGCCUCCUCCCACCCUCAAGUUCAGGCAGGGAAUACGAGAUCAGAAAAGCCAAGAGACGCGCCGAGUUGGUCCAGGGCUUACAAGAAGUCGCCGAGCACCUGACGGAUAACAUGAUUUGCAAGUUUGAGAGCAAGACUUUCAUCCGCGGAGCGUACUACCUCGUCACGCAGUUGUUGCUGAGGGCGUACCACCAGGGCAUCCACGUCUCUAGCGAGGAGGUGUUGAGGCUGAGGAAUGUGGCCGAGGAGGCGGAGAAGAAGAAACAGAGUAUUAUUUUCCUGCCGUGUCACAGGUCGCAUGUGGAUUAUGUUGCGCAGCAGUUGCUGUGUUAUCGGCUGGGGCUGGCGCUGCCGGUGGUGGUGGCGGGGGAUAAUCUGAACUUUCCCCUGGUGGGCAGCUUCUUGCAGCAUGCGGGGGCCAUGUAUAUCAGGAGGAGCUUUGGAGACGAUCAGCUUUAUACGACGCUGGUGCAGGCGUAUAUUGAUGUCUUGUUGCAGGGGGGGUAUAAUCUGGAGUGUUUUAUCGAGGGGGGGCGGUCGAGGACGGGGAAGCUGCUGCCCCCAAAGUUUGGGAUCUUGAGCUUUGUGUUGGAUAGCUUGCUGAGUGGGAGGGUCGAGGAUGCGAUCAUCUGUCCGGUUUCGACGCAGUAUGACAAGGUUAUCGAGACGGAGGGCUAUGUCACCGAGUUGCUUGGCGUGCCCAAGAAGAAGGAGAACUUGGCGGAUUUCUUGUCGGGGGGGUCGAAUGUGCUGAGCUUGAGGCUGGGGAGGGUGGACGUGAGGUUUCAUGAGCCGUGGAGUUUAAGGGGGUUCAUCGAUGACAAGGUCAGCAGGCUGAGCAAGGUCCCGUCUGCUAUCCACGUCGAUUGGACAGACACCAAGAACCAGGUCGUCAGGCAAAAACUGCUUCGAACGCUUGGUUACAAGGUCCUGGCAGACAUCAACGACGUCUCGGUCGUCAUGCCCACCGCCCUCAUCGGCACCGUCCUCCUCACCCUCCGAGGCCGCGGCGUCGGCCGGGCCGAACUCAUCCGCCGGGUGGAGUGGCUCACGGAAAGGGUCAGGGCCAAAGGCGGCCGCGUCGCCCACUUUGGCAACCUCCCCCUCUCGGACGUCAUCGAACGCGGGCUCGAAGUCCUCGGGAAAGACCUCGUCGGCGUGGUCGAAGGCCUCGCCGAACCGACCUACUACGCCGUCGACCGCUUCCAGCUCUCCUUUUACCGCAACAUGACCAUCCACCUUUUUAUUUCGGAAGCCUUGGUCGCAGCAGCGCUCUACACAAAGGUCAAGCAAGGGGGUGGCCCGGCUAUCCAGGAUAUACCCUACAAGGAGCUCCGCGACCAAGUCCUCUUCCUCUCCUCCCUCUUCCGCGGCGAGUUUAUUUACAGCGGCGAAGGCCUCCAGGUGAACCUCGAGCGCACCCUCGCCGGCCUUGAGGCGGACAACAUCAUCAUGAUUGAGCGCGACGAGCAGCGGAACAUAACCAAGAUUGGCCUCUCCGACGCGGAGCGCGCAGCCGGCCGAGAGAAUUACGACUUUUACUGCUUCCUCAUCUGGCCGUUUAUCGAAGCCUCUUGGUUGGCAGCCGUCUCGCUGAUGGGUUUGACGCCGCCCCUGGGACAAAAAGAUGACGUCUGGAUCCAAGUCUCCCGGGCGCAGGAUUCGGCUCAGUUUUUGGGCAAAACCCUCUACCACCAAGGCGACCUCUCCUACUUUGAAGCCGUAAACAAGGAAACGCUCAAGAACUCGUACCAGCGGUUUGAGGAGGAGGGGAUCAUCCAGGUGGUCAGGUCUAAAGACUCGAGGAUCCCCCCGAGGCUCCGGGUGUCGCCCGAGUGGAGGCCGAGGAGAGAUGAGGUGACGGGUAACUUGACCGCGUCGGGGAAACUGUGGGACUUUACCGAAAAAAUUGCCUCGAGCAGGAGGGAGGGGAAGAACAGACGGGAUGGGGCGACGGUGAGUACACGAGUGAUCCGGUUAACGGAUGAGCUGGGGCAGAAGCUGUGGGAGGAGGCCGUGAGGGGGGUGGAUGGGGGGAAGAAGGCCAAGGGGUUGAAUGCGCCGGCUAGGUUGAGUGCGGAGGAGGAGAGGGUGCUGGAGAGAAGUCAGAGGGAGAAGAAGAAGAGGAGGACGUUGGAGGGGAGGGCGCAUUUGUAAAGACAGCAAGAAGCCGGGGUUACAGGACGGCUAGAGGGCCAAAGGACAGAAGAGAAAUGUAUUUACGUUGGAACAAUGGUACAUAAAUGAUGACAUUGAAGACUUGAAGGAGGGA